AUGCCGUCCUCCUUCCUCCCGCUCCGCGAGCGCCACUCGCAUUUCCCUCCACUCCCCAAACCCACUUCGUCUUCUCCGCUCCGGCGACUCGCCCCACCCACCUCGUCGCCAAACCCUAACACCCCGCGCGCCAUGGACGCCGUCUCCGCGCGACUCCACCUCCUCCUCCUCCUCGGCCUCGUCCUCGCGCCCUCCCUCGCCGCCGCCCAGUCCCGCGCUUUCGGAGGGGCACCGCCGGUGUACGCACGGUACCUGCUCGACGCGGCGGCGAUGCCAGCGGUGGAGCAGUACGACUACAUCGUGGUGGGCGGUGGCACGGCUGGGUGCCCGCUCGCGGCUACGCUGGCGGGGCCCGGCGGCGGGCGUGUGCUCCUGCUCGAGCGCGGCGGCGCGCCCAGCGAGUUCCCGGCGCUCGCGACGGCCGGAGGGUUCGUGAGGACGCUCGCCAUGGCGGACCCCUCGCCGGAGUCCGACGCACCAGCGCAGGGAUUCACGUCCGAGGACGGCGUCCCCAACGUGCGCGCGCGCGUGCUCGGCGGCGGCACGGCCAUCAACGCGGGGUUCUACUCGCGCGCGCACCCGGGCUGGUUUAGCGGCCACGGGGAGGGUGCUCAAGUGACUAACUGGGAUAUGCGGCUGGUGAACGCAUCAUAUGAGUGGAUAGAGAGACAAAUGACGUUCCAGCCGGGGGUACACGGGUGGCAGGCAGCGGUGAGGGCCGCGCUGCUGGAAGCUAAUGUCACGCCGUGGAACGGCUUCACCGUUGACCAUGUUGCUGGGACCAAGGUUGGUGCCACUACCUUUGAUGCAUCAGGCCGCCGCCACAGCGCUGCGGACCUCCUUGCCUUUGCUCGUCCUGGCCGUCUCCGUGUUGCUAUCCGUGCUACAGUUACCCGCAUCAUCACCAACCCGAUUGACCCUGCCGCUCGCCCUGGAAGAUCUCCACAGCCAGUAGCAGCAGCAAUUGGUGUUGUAUACCAGGAUCGACUUCUUGAGCAACACCAUGCCCUGCUGCGCCCUGGUGGGGAGGUUAUACUUUCAGCAGGUGCUCUAGGGAGUCCUCAGUUACUGCUUCUCAGUGGCAUUGGCCCUGCAAGUGAUCUUUCCUACUUAAACAUCCCUGUUUCUGCUGACGUCCCUGAUGUCGGCAAGCAUAUAUUUGACAACCCUCGCAAUGGCAUCUCCAUCAUCCCAUCAGUUCCCAUUGAUCACUCCCUUAUUCAGGUAGUCGGCAUCCCUUCAGCUAGCGGAACUGCCUCCUACCUUGAGGCAGCAUCAUACAUUGUCCCAGUUGCUCCCACAUUGAGCUCUUCUAGUCCUUUCAUUGGCUCGUCUACACCACUCUAUGUUACUGUGGCAACUAUCAUGGAAAAGGUUCCUGGCCCAUUAUCCGAGGGUUCACUAUGGCUUGCAUCAACUAAUCCAUUGGAGAGCCCCGCUUUGCGCUUCAACUACUUAAGCCGUCCUGAGGACUUGGCACGAUGUGUCCUGGGUGUGCGCCGUGUGGCGGAAGUGCUUGAGAGCAGAGCAAUGGACGGGUUUCGUUCAGCAGUUGGAUCAGUGAAUAGGAGAGGGCCUGUUAGGAGGGACUUCAGGAUUGUUGGGACAGCGCUGCCACCUGACUGGAGAACAAACGAUAGGGCUCUAGCAAAUUUCUGCCAGCAGACUGUGGCAACGUUGUGGCAUUAUCAUGGAGGGUGUGUAGUUGGUAAGGUGGUUGAUAGGGAUUUCCGGGUAAUUGGUGUGCGUGCACUUCGUGUGGUGGAUGCAUCAACAUUCAGCGAGACACCUGGGACAAAUCCUCAAGCUACAAUCUUGAUGAUGGGCAGGUAUGUGGGGCUGAAGAUGAUUGAUGAGAGACACAGCAGAAGGCCAGUGAGAUCAUAACCCUCGUCCAACGCUUGAGAGAUUGUUCCAGCCGCCAGCAUUUCAAUUAACUUGUACGGAGUGCACCCAUAUUUCUCCCCUGGUCUAUCAUACUUCUCUUACUUUUUGCUACUGAUUGCUGUAUAGAGUACUAGCAUGGGGACCUUUUUCGGUGUGUGUAUAGUGAUGGGACGAGGGAAGCAGGAUUUGCCUGGAUAUUGCAUUUUUGCCCAGUGAAUAGUU